AUGUAUGAUCAUGAGUGUCAGGACCAGAGGGGCCAACAGGACUCAUUUGGACAAAUAAGGGUGACAUAUUCAAAGGAUGAGUUUAAAUCAUUUUUCAAUAGUCUCAAUGCCUAUGGUGGAGGCGACUGCCCAGAAUUGGCAAUGAAUGGACUCAAAGUGGCUUUAGAGUAUUCCCCACCCAGAUCUUUCAUUCUAGUGCUCACAGAUGCAUCUGCUAAAGAUUACAAUGAUAUUCCCCUUCUGAACAGCAUACGUUCACUUAUAAAUACCAAACAGUCACAGGUUGUCUUUUUGAUUACAGGGCUUUGCUCCAGUUCAAAUGACCCAGACUUCCUUAUUUACAGGGAUAUUGCUUCUAUGAGUUCUGGACAUGUCUUUCAAGUUGGCCUCUCAGAUCUGGGCAAGGUAUUUAAUUAUCUGGACUUCACGCUAUCAAGACCCGCUAACAGUAGAGAAAAACUUUUCUACAAAUACUACAAUGCCAGUCAUUCCGAUAACUUUUCGGUAUCAGCUAACUACACUUCCUUACUGGUGAUCACUGAUGGCCCAAUUAUCUCAAUAAGAAUUGUCGGACCUGACUUUUUCAACACGUCAUUGACGGGGAACUGCUCAGACUGUCACCCUAACGCUACAUGUGAAGUGUAUCUUGGCCGCUUACAAUGUACCUGUAAGGAUGGAUUCAUUGGAGAUGGCUUCUCAUGCUCAGAUGUUGAUGAAUGUGCCUAUUCCUGGUUAAACAGCUGUUCUUAUGGAUAUUGUGUAAAUACUAUUGGCUCCUAUGACUGCUUGUGUCCUGUUGGUUACACAAAAGGAGCAGGACGCACAUGUGUUGACAUUAAUGAGUGUUCCAGCCCAGACCUGAAUAAAUGCCAUCCAUUAGCAGUUUGUGUUAAUUAUGUAGGAACCUACACAUGUCAGUGUCCACCUGGAGUCACUGGCAAUGGAUUUUAUUGUGGAAUUGAUCAAUGUGCCAGAGGUGUGUGUGGAAGCAGUAUGGAGUGCUCGAUGACUAGCAGUUCAUACUCUUGCUCUGAUCCAUGUGUCAACCACACAGUACUUAAUGAACCCUGGAGAAGCACCGCCAAUGCACAAUAUGUAAACAUCCUAUGUGACUAUGACAAAAUGGGCUGGUAUCGUUUCGUUGGAAGUGGAGGAAUACGCAUGCCAGAAUCCUGUGUUCCAGAACUGAGGUGUAGCACCCAUGCACCUAUGUGGUUAAAUGGAUCACAUCCCGCUCCAACUGAUGGUAUUGUCACGCGCACAGCCUGUGCCCAUUGGACUGGAGAUUGUUGCCGGUGGUCAUCAACUAUACAGAUUAAGGCUUGUCCUGGUGGAUACCAUGUCUAUAAGCUGAAUAGAACACCAGGCUGCUACUUAACAUAUUGCACAGUUCCCUUAAUGAAGCUUGCUCGUGCACUGAUGAUGAGGAAUGCAGAUUUGUGUCUGGAUCGUAUGGGUGUUACUGCAAGGGAAAUAGGACUAUAUCCGCAGUGUCCAAAUGACUGUGAGCUACAAGUUGGAAUAGAUUUGUCAAUAUGCAAGUUUGGUAAAAGUGGGGCUAGUUUUGGGGGUAUUGAUGUGGUCGGCAGCAACUACAUUAGUGUGGAGCUAGCUGGUGCAAGUGGAGUACCUGUGGGUACAACUGCAAAGGAAUCUCUUUAA